AAAUAAAAAACAUAGAGAGAGAUAUAUAGAAAAAAUAGGAAUUGCACAAUGAGCUUGGCCAGUCGGGAGAUGAAUCCAGUUGUACUAAAUGAGAGCGACAGUCACGGCAGCUCCUCCACUGCCAGCAAGCUGGGAUUCCUUUACAGGCUGGACCGUCUGCUCCGACGCUGGCUACCGGGUUAUAGCUACUUGCGCGGCAAACGCCGAUCCGGCUCCGCCUCCGCCUCCUCGUUGCUUCUGGAGGGGAAGACCGGUUCCGGUGGGGGAACUGGUGGUGGACUGAAUACCAUACAAGAGCUGGGCAAUCGUUGUGGAAAACGUGGCAAUAACAAGAACGAGGUAUAUCUUGAUACGGGCAUUGCCAAGUCAGAGUUCUGUCUCCAACUGGAGGUACUGCUGCGCAACAAGAUGCUCAAGCAAAAGCAGCUGGAAAAGGAAAAGGAGAAGGAAAAGGAGAAAGAGAAGGCGAAGGAGCUGGAAAUGAAGCCAACAGGAUCUCCAUCGAUGACCACUAAUCUUCGUCAGUAAUUGAACCGCCAUUGCCACCAGAAGCACUUGUUCUUAAUUGUUCCAUUCAAAUAAAACUCCCUCUAUAUAUAUAUUUUUUAUAACCGACAAGCCACUCAUCAAUCAAACAAUCAAUCGAGUCAAUU